UCGACAACAUGUGGUUGGGUCAAUGGCGAUGCAGCAUCGCCGGUGACUUGCCCGCAGGAGGAAUCGUGUUUCUCAUUCACCUCCCAGAGCGUGCACGCCUGCUGCGCCGGUCUCGUCAUGUGUUUCCCCCCAACAACAUGUCUGGACUCGACCGCUUAUGUCACCGCGUGCAACAUUACCUGCCAAGAUGAUCUGUCUACGUUGAAAUGCACGGCUGAGAGUAGCAAGUAUUGCUUCUCCCAAUACUGGAACGGUACGAUCCCGAUGUCGCAAUGGGGCUGCGCCAAUUCGCCUUUUACGCAAACCGUAGAAAGCACCUUUGUGGGUCAAGCGUUAGUGACUGGGAGUGGCUCGAAGACGGCAUCGGAAAGUGGAUCUGCUGCAACAAGCUCAACAGGCUCAGAAUCAACUGCAUCCACUACCUCCGGAUUGAGCACUUUUGAGAUCGUAGGAAUCGCCUUUGGGUCAUUCAUUGGUCUUGUGCUCAUUUUGGGUUUUCUCAAGUCGAUUAUAUUUCCCGCUCCUCCCACGAACCCCAAACAGUCACAACAUCCGAACAACUCCUCAUCUGAAAACAUCCAACUCGGACCAACCAACCAUGGUCACCCUGGAGGGCCCUUACCACCACAAGGUCCAAAUAUAACAUACAACAUCUACGGCCAACCGACUCCUCCGCCCCUCAACAACGCAUCCCCGCCUCGUGGGUAUUUUAACUACUCGCCACACGCGCUUUCGCAGGAAAACAUGGACAGAUUCCAGUCGCAGAACUCAGUUGGACGUGCAAGGACUGUGCUAAGCGAUAGCGGAUACUCGGAUGUCAGCGAUCUGCAUGAUUUUUCACAGAGUCCACGCAGUGAGUAUGGAAGGCCGCCUGUGCGUUCGUCAGUGAUCUCCGCUGCCCCUGGACACGUGCCCCGUGUAUAGUAGAUGUAAAUAUAGAAUAGUUUAAAUAGUUGCUUAUCCU